GUUCUAACGGAGUACGGGAAGGCAGUCAUGAUGCGCUAGGAGACAGCAGGGUGGAAGUGCCGUUGCGCUGGUACGACAGACCGCCCAAGAUGCAGCGAUUGGAGGACAGCUCGGCCCUAGACACGCCCUCUGAGGAAUCGAUCCACUACCUGAACCUUGCCAGUGGCUACCACCACGCCCCUCCGUUCGCCGGGAACGCCCCCUUGACGAGCAACGACAUCAGUAUCAAACAGGAAUAUCACGUGUCACCCACACGGGCCAAUGGGGAGCCCCACAAUAGCACUGGCGCCGCCUACCCGAUGG